AUGCGCGGGUACGCCGGUCGAAUCUCGUGUCUCAAGAUAAUGUCCUAUGAGAACCGCGAUUUUCUUUCCGGCUUCAUCAGCCUGUACCGCGAGGAGGAGUGUCUGUGGCUGACGUCCUCACCAGACUACAGCAACAAGCAGAAGAGGGAGGCUGCUUAUACCCGCAUGGUGGAGUACUCCAAGCCCACCUUCUCUGCUGCCUCGGUGGUCUGGGUCCGAAAGAAAAUCGCCAAUCUACGGACAGUCUUUGUCAAAGAAAAUCGCAAGGUGGAGGAGUCCAAGAGGUCAGGGGCCGGUGCAGAGAAGGUGUAUGUGCCGCAGCUGUGGUACUACAAAGAUCUCAACUUCCCCCUGGAGAAAAGGUCAGCUAAGGAGUCCCUGGUGGUGAUGGCCGAGUUCGAGGAGGGAAGUCUGUACGUGGAAGAGGCCGAAGGGACACCUGAAGAAGACCUCAGCUGUACCCCUGCCCUCAUCAACACCUCCCCAGAGGAACCAACCUCUCCGCCGCAAACUACUGGCAAGAGGAAGCCACGGAAAACAAAAUUUGUCGAAGACCCUCUCCUAGCGGAGGCCCGUUCACAGCUGCUACGUAAACCGGAUGAGUUUGACAACUUUGCAUCAUAUGUGAGCAAAACUAUGCGGAAGGUUUCUUCCCAGCAGCAAGUAGAGUGUCAGCGCCUGGUGUCGCAGGUUUUGUACCAAACACUCUCAGGGCAACUGACACCAGAGUGGAACGUUCAUGGGCCAGAACCUCAAGCACCUGCUCCUCAUCUCCCAUUGACCUUCAGUUCACCACCACCCACCUACCCUACAUAUACUACUACCGCAGGCCCAAUCCAACUACCCUUCCUCCACUUUCCAUGCUCCUCAAACCCCUCCUCAUCAAACCAGCCACCCUCCCCGUUUUCGUCAACCCCCACCCCCAUCCACCCACCCUACCCCCACUUUCCAAUCUCCUCCUCAAACCAGCUAUCCUUCCCAAGGCAGCCACACAUUCACCGGCUCCUCCGCAAUUUUGACCUCCUUGAUGUCAACAUAGUUUUGUCAUCUGGAACCCCCAAUUGUACAAUGGCAUACCCUCGCAGGGCUCGCUUCGCUGCGCUCGCCACAAGGUUUAUAACCAACUCUAUGCCGACAUGGAUAGAGAAGAUGUCCUAUGAGAACCGCGAUUUUCUUUCCGGCUUCAUCAGCCUGUACCACGAGGAGGAGUGUCUGUGGCUGACGUCCUCACCAGACUACAGCAACAAGCAGAAGAGGGAGGCUGCUUAUACCCGCAUGGUGGAGUACUCCAAGCCCACCUUCUCUGCUGCCUCGGUGGUCUGGGUCCGAAAGAAAAUCGCCAAUCUACGGACAGUCUUUGUCAAAGAAAAUCGCAAGGUGGAGGAGUCCAAGAGGUCAGGGGCCGGUGCAGAGAAGGUGUAUGUGCCGCAGCUGUGGUACUACAAAGAUCUCAACUUCCCCCUGGAGAAAAGGUCAGCUAAGGAGUCCCUGGUGGUGAUGGCCGAGUUCGAGGAGGGAAGUCUGUACGUGGAAGAGGCCGAAGGGACACCUGAAGAAGACCUCAGCUGUACCCCUGCCCUCAUCAACACCUCCCCAGAGGAACCAACCUCUCCGCCGCAAACUACUGGCAAGAGGAAGCCACGGAAAACAAAAUUUGUCGAAGACCCUCUCCUAGCGGAGGCCCGUUCACAGCUGCUACGUAAACCGGAUGAGUUUGACAACUUUGCAUCAUAUGUGAGCAAAACUAUGCGGAAGGUUUCUUCCCAGCAGCAAGUAGAGUGUCAGCGCCUGGUGUCGCAGGUUUUGUACCAAACACUCUCAGGGCAACUGACACCAGAGUGGAACGUUCAUGGGCCAGAACCUCAAGCACCUGCUCCUCAUCUCCCAUUGACCUUCAGUUCACCACCACCCACCUACCCUACAUCUACUACUACCGCAGGCCCAAUCCAACUACCCUUCCUCCACUUUCCAUCCUCCUCAAACCCCUCCUCAUCAAACCAGCCACCCUCCCCGUUUUCGUCAACCCCCACCCCCAUCCACCCACCCUACCCCCACUUUCCAAUCUCCUCCUCAAACCAGCUAUCCUUCCCAAGGCAGCCACACAUUCACCGGCUCCUCCGCAAUUUUGACCUCCUUGAUGUCACAGGGGGUACAAGAGGAGGAGGAGACAAGUCUCUUUCAAAUGUAGGGUGAUUCUCAUUUACUGAUGCCCUUGUUAUACAUACCAACAGAUGUGGUGCAGUCUGAUACUACGGUGUGUGUCAACGCCUUCAGGUGGACAAUGCACACAUGCUGCUAGGGACAGGUUGAUGGUACCGGGGACCCAUCUUCCUGCCUCUAGCUACAUGUGUGCAUUGUGCCCCUGGCUGCAGUGCCACUCAACACCGCAGUAUCAGAAUGCACCACAUCUGUUGGUAAUAUAUAUAACAUUCCUGCUGCCCUGGUAUAUACUGCGAUAGAUCUGGUGCACUAUGAUAUACGCCGUUUUAGUGGCGCCGCUUUCAGGUGGACAAUGCACACAUGCAGCUUGGGUCCGGUUGAUGGUGCCGGGAGCCUGAAGCCGGGCCUACCUGCAUGUGUGCAUUGUGCCCCUGAAAGCGCUGCCACUCAAAAAACACUGUAUAUCAUACUGCACCGUAUAUCAUACUGCACUUAUAUAUUGCAACAGAUGUGGUGCAUUUUGAUACUACGGCGUUGAUACUACGGCGUUGGGGACCGGGAAGCCAUCUUCCUACCCCAAGCUGCAUAUGUGCAUUGUGCGCCUGGCUGCGGUGCCACUCAAUGCCGUAGUAUCAAAAUGCACCACAUUUGUUGCUAUAUAUAGCAUUUUGUUAUC